AUGUCGGAAUCAGCCGGGAAUAAUCGAUUAGCUGAUAAUGGAUGGAUCGAUCCUGAUGUACAACAGAAUCCAUCUUCUACUGGUUUGGGCAAUGAACUUUUCAGUGAACAGCGAAUUAUUGCGUUAGUGGCAAUUAUUGCUCCCGUAUUUCUCCCGUUCAUUCUAAGCUUUGUGAUGAUCUUUUUAUGGUAUAAAUGUGUGGUGAAACGAAUCGAUAAACAGAAGAAAGCAAAGGCAGCAGCUUCGAACAAAUUGCAAUCUCACAAUCGAAGCUCUGAUUUGUUGGCUGAAAGUCAAGAAGUUCAAUUGGGUGAUGCACAUGGAAAA